GAAACUAUGGAGGAUAUCGAUAAGAACGGAGACGGUUUCAUUAAUUUGGAAGAAUACAUAGGUGACAUGUACAGCCACGACGGCAACACGGAGGAACCGGAGUGGGUCAAAACGGAACGAGAGCAAUUUACGGAGUUCCGGGACAAGAACCACGACGGGAAGAUGGACAAGGAGGAGACCAAAGACUGGAUCCUGCCCUCCGAUUACGACCACGCCGAGGCUGAAGCGCGGCACCUGGUUUACGAGUCGGAUAAGGAUAAGGACGGAAAGCUGACCAGAGAAGAAAUUGUGGACAAGUACGAUCUCUUUGUGGGCAGCCAAGCCACGGACUUUGGUGAAGCCUUAGUACGACACGAUGAGUUCUGAUCCAGGAAUCUCCUUUUUCUUUUUUAAAAAAAGGGGAAGAAGUUGGGGCGGGGGGGUGGUGGAGAGGGAGGGAACGUUGUUUUUACCGUUUUCAGGAUUAACACAGGAAAGGCUCUGCGACCGGAGACUCCGGUUCAGCCAAGAAUUGGGGGGAGGAGGAGGAGAACCAGCCUCUUUCCCCAAGUGGUCCCAUCCUCCUCCGCUUCCCACCCUGUCUUCCCUCCCUCCAAGGUGGGGAGGGGGGGGUCAGUAUUCUGACCCCAAGAUUUUGAUUUUUUUUAAAAAAAAAAAUUAGAUUUGCAUGUUCUUUUAUGUCUAACAAGUUCAGUUUAUUUUUGUAUUUUUUUUUUUUUUUUUGGUUCCGUGUGAAAUGAAGAAUGUCUCUCCUGAAGCGAUAGGCCUAUCGGGGGACCGGGGGGGGGGCGCAGGGGGAGGACAGCCCUGUCCCCCACUUUUUUUUUUAAAAAAAAUUGUGUUUCUUUUAAAGCCACAAAGUCGGAAAGCAGGAGAACAAGACACGGCCGAGAAGAGUGUGUGUGUGUGGAAUCUACACUCAAAAGACCCCCCCCCCUGUUUUUUAAAUCUUCCAAGAAAGCCCAACAGGAGAAUUUGGGGGGCUCCAUUUAGCUUCUCGGCCUCUGGACAGAAGGUCUCCCCGCUUUGAAGGCUGCAAAAAUCUCGACUCGAAAAUAUCUGGGGGUCUCCUUCACUGCCCACAUCCGAUCACCCUCCAGAGCGCCCCCCCCCCCCGUGUUCCUCAGUUUCCCCAGCAUCCCUCAAAUUGCUUCAUUUGUAGGAGCUGCGCGGGUCCUCUCUCUUCAUAAUUUUCAAGCUUGGUGAUCUCCUCUUGGUGUCCGCUCCACGGAUAAAGCGCCCGCUGGGGAGAUGUCGAAGAUGUCGAAGUUGACUCGGGUCUGUCCCAGGUCGAAGUACUAGCUUCUUCUCCCAAAUUGCCACCCCAGUAAUGUAGAGUAGGGGGGUGAACCCACAUCUGGGUCUUUAGAAGGAGAGGGAGGGGAGAGGGGGGGGGCUGGCAGCUUUCAGGGCGCCCGGAUUUCCUGCCUUUUCGAAGUGCCUUUCUCAUUCAAAAAAAGCAGUUUGACCCAACGAAAGGCGUGUGGCGAACUCAGGCCAAAACAUUCUCCUAAAACGAGUUCAGAAUAGCAUGCUCCUAAAAUUAACACACCUCCCUUUCCUUACGUGCUUUCUCAGGGUGGGGUGGGGGGUAGAAAGUGACCCCCCCCCAGGCCCCUAAUCUCAGUCCUUCUCUCGCUGGAGAAGUCUCCUGUGCUUUGAUUUUUUUUGGGAAAUGACACCCUCGAAUUUCCC